AUGAGAAGUGAUUUUUAUAUUACUUCGUAUUCUUUACUUGAAUUAUGUUGCUAUUAUGGAGCAAUCAAAUAUUUUAAGUUUUUAAGAACAAAAUUCAAAACUGACAUCACACGGACUUGCCUUAAUUAUUCAUUUUUAGGUGGAAAUGCAGAGAUCAUUAAUGAAUGUUUAAAAGCAGUUUCACCAGGCGGUUAUGCCCAUGCGUGUGCGCUAAUGACACAUAAUAUUGAUUUUGUUACAUAUUUGAUGAAUGAACAUGAUAUCAUCCCUAAACCUUAUUAUUGCGGUUUAUAUUGUAAUACCCAAUCCUUAUUUAUUUAUUUAGCUGAAACCAAAGAUAUUUAUGAAUGUAUCAAAUACUCACCAAUAUUUGGUAUUCCCUCACUUUGUGAAUAUCUGCUUUCGCACUGGCCUGACGUUGAGAUGAAAUCUGGAGAACAUCAGGGAUCAGCUCUUCAUAAAGCUGCUGAAUAUCAUUAUACAGAAAUACUUGAUAUUUUUGUUCGUCAUGGCGCUGAUAUAGAUAUAAAAGAUUUUGAUAAUCAAACACCUCUUCAUAUAUCAGUAAAAGAAAGUGACCUUGAAUCAAUUAAAUUUCUUGUUUCUCAUGGUGCAGAUGUCAAUGCAGAAGAUAAUCAUGGGAAUUCACCUCUUCAUGCAGCUGCAAAUGGAAGAAAUAAAAUGAUCGCUAUGCUUUUUAUUUCACAUGGUGCAGAUGUCAAUGCAAAAGAUGAUGAAGGGAUUACACCUCUUCAUUGUGCAGCAAAAAGUAAUAGAAAAGAAAUAGCGGAAAUUCUUAUUUCUCAUGGUGCAGAUAUCAAUGCAAAAGAUUAUAAAGGAAAUACACCUCUUCAUUAUGCAGCAGAAAGUAAUGGAAAAGAAAUUGCCGAAAUUCUAAUUUCUCAUGGUGCAAAUGUCAAUGAAAAAGAUGAUGCGGGUGGAAGAACACCUCUUCAUAAAGCAAUGUUGAAAGGUGGUAUUGAUCUGUUAGAAUUUCUUAUUUCACAUGGUGCAGAUGUUAAUGCUAAAGAUCAUAAUGGGGAAACACCUCUUCAUGAUGCAGCGUAUAUAAGUAAUACUGAUGUAGUAAAAUUUCUUGUUUCUCAUCCGAUUUUUCGCCCCAAGUUGACUAUAUUUUCAUUUUUAUUUGAGAUUUGA